GGCAGGGCAACGAAAAGACAGAAAACCGACGGAAUGGCCACGGGUUAUGAGGACCCACACAAGACCCUUCCGUCCGUGGUGGUGCAUGUCCGGGGCCUGGUUGAUGGAGUCACUGAGGCUGACCUGGUGGAAGCCUUGCAGGAGUUUGGAGCCAUCAGCUAUGUGGUCGUGAUGCCCAAGAAGCGUCAGGCGCUUGUGGAGUAUGAGGACAUGAACGGUUCGUCCACAGCUGUUACUUACGCUGCAGACAACCAGGUGUACAUCGCCGGCCACCCGGCCUUCAUCAACUACUCUACCAGCCAGAAGAUCUCCAGGCCAGGAGACCCAGAUGACUCCAGAAGUGUCAACAACGUUCUUCUGCUCACCAUCAUGAACCCCAUUUACCCCAUCACCACGGAUGUUCUCUACACCAUCUGCAACAACUGCGGCCCUGUCCAGAGAAUUGUCAUUUUCAGGAAGAACGGUGUCCAGGCCAUGGUCGAGUUUGACUCGGUACAAAGUGCACAGCGGGCUAAGGCCUCCCUCAAUGGAGCAGACAUCUACUCUGGUUGUUGUACGCUGAAGAUCGAGUAUGCCAAGCCCACUCGCCUAAAUGUGUUCAAGAACGACCAAGACACAUGGGACUACACAAACCCCAAUUUGGGAGGCCCAGAUGGUGAUGCAGAUGGCAAUGGGAGCAAUGCAGAAGAUGUCAAUGCGAACCCCAACAAGCGCCAGAGACAGCCUGCUCUGCUGGGCGAUCACCCUCCAGAGUACGGUGGCGGUUACCACGGCUAUGAUGAGAGUUACGGUUCCCCGCCCUAUGAGGGUCGCCGCAUGGGCCCACCAAUGAGAGGUCGUGGCGGGAGUCGCUACGGGCCUGGGUAUGGGCCCCCUCCCCCUCCUCCUGGUGAAUAUGGCGCACACGCAGACUCUCCCGUCGUCAUGGUGUACGGACUGGACCCUAUCAAGAUGAACGCCGACCGCGUCUUCAACAUCUUCUGUCUCUAUGGCAACGUAGAGCGGGUGAAGUUUAUGAAGAGUAAGCCCGGGGCAGCGAUGGUGGAAAUGGGAGACUGCUAUGCUGUCGACCGUGCCAUCACUCACCUCAACAACAACUUCCUCUUUGGGCAGAAACUCAACGUUUGCGUUUCCAAACAACAGGCCAUCAUGCCUGGUCAGUGCUAUGAGCUGGACGACGGCACCAGCAGCUUCAAGGACUAUCACAGCUCCAGGAAUAACCGGUUCACCUCUCCAGAACAAGCAGCCAAGAACCGCAUCCAACACCCCAGCAAUGUGCUGCAUUUCUUCAACGCCCAGCCGGACGCCUCAGCAGAAGUCUUCUCCCAGAUUUGUGAGGAGAUUGGUGUCAAGAGCCCCAUCAACAUCAAGCUGUUCACAGGAAAGAGUGGUGCAGCACCCAGUGAGCGCAGUGCUUCAGGUUUGUUAGAGUGGGAGUCCAUCAACGACGCCAUGGAGGCCCUGGCCAUGAUGAACCACUACCAGAUGAAGAACUCAACUGGUCCAUAUCCAUACACCCUCAAGCUGUGUUUCUCCACUGUGCAGCAUGCUAACUGAGCACGAGCCACAGCCAGGAGGAUGAAGAAAGGUCCGCCAUUCCCACCACGCUCACCUGUACUUUUGACCAUGACUGCUCACAACACACCUGGGACAAAGUGAUAGUCAAAACCCAUCAGAUACCUACUGUGACAGAUUGAUCUGGAUCCCCAAAGUGUAAACCGACGCAGUUCGUCUUGCCAGGCAGGCUUAAUCAGCCGCUGUUUGUAAACAUUUGGUAUUUGUGUCCCAGAUGUGGUUUAGAGUUUGUGUACCUGCGUGUCUUCAAUAUUCAGUUGUCCUUUUUACUUUUGGUAUUAUUAUGCUUAUACAAUAGCCUGAUAUGUGAGAAAGUAUAUUUGAAAGAAACGUUUUUAUGCUCAGGUGGUAAAGUGACGAAGGAGAAACACCAUGGUUUUGUAUAAGAGUUGUCUUUUUUGAUCUUUUAUUCUAGCGCUUUUUUUUUUAUUAUUAUUGCUGCCUAUUCAGUGCUGCACCCCAAGUCUGUCGAUGUGCAGCGGGAGUCUUUUUUGUUCUAAGAAAAAAUAAAACCAAUUUGAAGCUA